UGCAGUAAUCUGUUACUAUGGUAACAUUGACAAAUCUACCUACUUCAUAAUAUUUUGUAAUUAUUGUUAACUUUAUUGCAAUGGCUUGUAACGAAAACAUCAUAAAAAAUAUGGCCAAUGAAAUAACGAGGAACUGUCAAGUAACCGUAGAUCCGGAAUUUGUCAUAUAUCUAAUAGAACUUCUAUUAUUAAACCCAAAGUACGGGAAAUUGUUUUCCAGAGCAAUCAAUAGAAACAAUUUGCAGUUUUUUGUUGAAGAAUGUGUUACUAUGUUAAAUUGUGGCGAAAGUACGUCAAUAAAUACAUUAAAAAUGCAAUUUGUAAUACAAAGCAAUUAUGAUAAACUACAAAAUUUAAUUGAUAAACACUUGGAAUCAAUAAACAAGUGUCUUCGACCGUUGGUGACAGAGAUAUUAGAGGAAGAUCCCCACUUAGAAGAUGAAGCGGCAUUUAAAAAAUUGUUCAGGAAGAUAUCAAUUUACAUUAUACUUGCCAGUGGACUCGGGAAUCCUGGAGUUAUACUGACAUUGAAAGAAGGCAUGGCAGCACUAGAAAGUGUAUUUUCUAUGGAGGACCUGCGUGUAUUCGUGGCACUUCCACGCGGGGAAAAGUUGACCCAGUUAUCUGAAUUAAUGGAGCUUGUUUCUGGCGUACGACUAUUCAACAGAGAUUGCAAGAAAGGUGGAGAAGGGAUACCUGACCUACCAUUCAAUCUGGUGGAUGCUGGAAAAGCGUGUCUGGCAGCACUUUCCAAUGCCUUGAUAGGUGUGAUGCAGCGCGUAAAUACGUUGACCACCGCUGUAGAAGAUACGGUCUCAAUACAAGAGGAGACUGGCAACGUCGUUAUUGACAUAAAGCCUAAUACUGACUUAACGGAAGAAUACUGCAAACAAAUAUUCGAAUUACUCGCUUUCAACCGCCAGUACGAAAUGUUUAUACGGCGUCUUCUCUCAGACGUGGAAACUAUGGUUUUCAACGGAACCCAAUACGUUGAGAAAGUACGGAAUGUCUUGGAAGAACUUCACCAAGCAGUCAAAUACAAAGCAGCAGUGCCGGUCGUUACAGUGUUUCCUUUAUUUGUUAAACUCUGGCAAGUCUGGCGUUCCAUGCAAAAUGUAAUGUACCUGGUCUCCACCGUCAAUCGUUUAAUGUCCAUAUUAUCAUCAAUUCAAGACCAAAUGAAGAUACCCUACGAUAUACUCGACAAGAUGCUGCAAGGAAAACUAGUGGUGACUGACUUAGAUAGAAUGAGCAGCAGAGUUAGCUUGGAAGAGAGAAUCUCAUUGGGAUCUCUGAAAAAUUAUGUCGCGUAUAAUAAUAGUUUCACUAUGAAGGAUAAGCAUGUUCAGUACCUUGGUUUUUGUGCUCUUUGUUUGAGCGUAGGCGCCUUAGUACCCAGCAACACGAAAGUGGGUCUCAUCAAGGCUAAAGGACAGCGAUUUGGAUUUUGCAACGUAAAAAUGGCUGCCAGAUUUGGUAAAGACCCUCAAAGGUACAUAAAUGAAGUUAUGGAAUAUGCUCGAAAUAAACCACAAAUUAUCAAUUUGUUAAAUAUUAUGGAUGAAGUUGUGAAAGUCAAGACCAUUGAUAACCUUGUAAUUAAAUGUUUGCCGAAAAUUAAAGUGUUAGACAAAAAUAUACAAACAGAAGUGCAUCCUGUUGCGGAAUACAUAGAGAAGAAUUACACUUGCGACCUUUGGGAAUGGAAAAGAAGGGCCUGCCAGUGGGCAUCUAUAGUGAAUUGCCAAACUCACUCUACGCAGACUGAAUACAGUCACCUCCGCGCUGAAAUUCAUUGCCAGACUGUAGAACCUAGAGAUAAGUGUCUACAAACAAAAAAGGACAGUGGAAUGAAUACCAGCCCUAAUAAAUUCUUUAUUUGGGGGUUGAGGGGACAGCUAGGACAUGGGCAGCAUUCCAUGAAUUUAGGUGAAAAGCACAUGUUAGAAUAGAACAAUAAAGAGGAAACGCUAACGACUUGCUCCUGAAUUUGCCUGAGGAAGUAGAAAACUGUUAAUAUUUUGUAUACCUACUGGCAAAAGACAAAUAGCGCAUGUCACAAUGAAAUUUAUAACUGUAACAAUAUGAAUAGACUUA